AUGUCUGCGAGAGGAAGAGUGGACAAGAGGACCACCAAGGAUAGCCUCUCUCUGCUUCCAUGUUUCUAUUUCGUUGAGCUUCCGAUCCUGGUGUCGUCUGUGGCGAGUCUUUAUUUCCUGGAAUGGACGGACAUUUUCAAACCCGUUCGAUGGGGCUUCAGCUGCCACGACCGCAGUCUGAGUUUGCCGUAUAUUGAGCCCAUGCAUGAGGUUAUUCCCUUUCUCAUGCUUCUCAUCCUGGCCUUCACUGCACCUGCCAUCACGAUAAUGAUCGGAGAGGGAAUUCUGUUCUGCUGGCUGUCCAAAACCCGGAGCGGCCCCGGAGCCGAGGCGAACAUCAACGCGGCCGGCUGCAACUUCAACUCCUAUAUUCGCCGAGCCAUCAGGUUUGUGGGCGUUCACGUAUUUGGUCUUUGUUCCACCGCUCUGAUUACUGAUAUCAUUCAGUUAUCGACGGGUUACCCAGCACCGUACUUCCUCACUGUGUGCAAACCCAACUACACCCACCUGAACAGCUCCUGUGAUGAGAACUCCUUUAUCCUGGAGGAUAUCUGCUCGGGGACCGACACUGCUAUUAUAAAUGCUGGCAGAAAAUCAUUCCCAUCCCAGCACGCCACCUUGGCAUCCUAUGCAGCUGUUUACAUCUCGAUGUAUUUCAACAGCACCCUGACGGACUCCUCUAAGCUGCUAAAGCCUUUGCUGGUGUUCUCCUUCAUCAUCAGCGCCGUCAUCUGUGGCCUGACACGGAUCAUCCAGCACAAGAACCACGCCAUCGACGUUUACCUGGGAUUCCUCCUCGGCGCGGGCAUCGCUGUCUACCUGGGUUUGUAUGCGGUGGGGAACUUCCAACCCAGCGAGGAGAAGCAGUGCUUCGAAGCUCAGGUUCAGGAACCGUCCAGGUCUCCGACAGACCUUGGUCAGCGCGUUGGCCACCAUCUUCCUGCUAAAAGCUGUAGCAGCAGCGAUGGCCUCUCCUCAUCACAGUCGGACGGCCUGCUUCACCGUAACCUACAGAGCCGAAACGCUAGCUCACUUACCAACCUAAAGAGAUCCAACGCAGACGUAGAGGUCAUCACCCCCCGCGGACACGCAGGCAAGGAGAACAUGGUGACGUUCAACACUCUGCCCAGGAUUCACCCGUCGACUAUGGACGAUGACACCCGACGCCACCACACCAUUCACUCCUCUGUAAGUUUCAGUCGCUCCAAGCAGCUGCUGUCACAGUGGAAGAGUAAGAACGAGAGUCGGCAGGGGGUGCAGGGUGUCGAGGGUAGUUUGGGACAGUGUUCCACGAGCAGCAUAGAUACGCGCUUUGGCUCGGAACCUUCUAGCCUUGGCGUCAGUGGAGAACAACAAGGUCCGUGCUUCAAACUGGCCACUGGGAGCACCACUUUACCCAGCAAUCCGUGUGGCAUUGCAGGAGGUGCUAGAGUAUCCCUUCAACCCAGACCAGGCUCUUCCCAGUUGGUGCACAUUCCAGAGGAGGCUCAAGAUGGCAUGAGCGCCUCACCUAGAGGUAUUGCUCAUGACAAGUGGCUGAAGAGCACAGAGAAAAAUGCCAACGGACAACCACGUGUCGUGCCAGUAAUCGGCAUGUCCAAGCAGCAGGGUCUUCUGCCCACAGGCUCCACCAGCUCCGAAAGCAGCAGUCACACCAGCUCUACAGCACCCCUGCAUCGGCACAAGAGCCUGAGUGAAGAGCCCAGCACGGGCAUCACCACCCAGGGCUCCAUCGUCAGAGUGGAGGCACACCCGGAGAACGGACGGCCCCUGGUUCACGCCCACUCCACCGAUGGCACUAGCUCUUGGACCUGGAAGUCUCAGAGCAACCUCAGGCAGUCCUUCGAGCUUAACGACCUAAACCGGGACUCUGAGAAUUCUGACUUGGUUAGGGACAGCUACAGCUCUACAGACAGGAAGAGAAGCAACUCCAGCGCUCCGAUACCAGUCACUGUGCCAACGGUCCCUACGGUGUCCUCCGGGUCCACCCUGGCAGUGGGAGACCAGCACCCGCAGCAAAGCAUCUCCACCAUCCGGGUCACCCCUGUGGACAGCAGUGAAAGUGGCGCAGAGAGCCGCGACUCGACGCUGCGCCGGAAAAACAAUAUGAUCCUGAUUCCUGAAAGGGGAAACAGCCCAGACAACACCAGGACCAUUUUCUACAAGGGUACCUCCACCACCCCGACUUUUAAGGAGUAG